AUGGACGUUCGGUUCUACCCCUCCGCCCCCCCCGCCGUGGGCUCCCUGCCCGGCGCAGACCCCACUUGCCUCGGCCCGCUGGAUUAUUAUCACUGCAACAAGUUUGAUGGAGAGAACAUGUACAUGGGAAUGAAUGACAACGCCCAGGAGUUUCUAUCUGCCAAUCAGACGUACAACAGCCAGAAUGAAAACAACGAGGACUACGAGAUCCCUCCCAUAACGCCUCCCAAUCUCCCCGACCCUUCCCUCCUGCACUUGGUGGACCACGAAACUGGAUAUCACUCUCUGUGCCACAGCCUCCCUCCCAACAGCCUGAUCCCAGCCUACCCCUACCAGAACAUGGACCUGCCGGCCAUCAUGGUCUCCAACAUGUUGAGUCAGGAUGGGCAUCUCCUGUCCAGCCAGCUACCCACGAUCCAGGAGAUGGUCCACUCGGACGCCGCAUCCUACGAUUCCAACCGCCAAGUGCCCCUGCUGAACCGCCCCGGGAUGCUGGCCGGCCCCAUGGGCGCCCUCAGCCAGUCCCAGCUCAUCUCUCAGAUGGGGAUGAGGAGUGGGGUCGCCCACGGCUCCCCCUCACCCCCAGGCAGUAAGUCAGCUACACCAUCUCCCUCCAGCUCCACUCAGGAAGAGGAGACGGAGUCACAUUACAAGGCUACUGGAGAGAAAAGACCAUCAACAGACCUGGGCAAAAAGCCCAAAAGCCAAAAGAAGAAGAAAAAGAAGGACCCCAAUGAGCCCCAGAAGCCCGUGUCAGCCUACGCCCUGUUUUUCAGAGACACACAGGCAGCCAUCAAAGGGCAAAACCCCAAUGCCACCUUUGGGGACGUGUCCAAAAUUGUGGCAUCCAUGUGGGACAGUUUGGGAGAAGAACAAAAACAGGCAUACAAGAGGAAAACAGAAGCUGCGAAGAAGGAGUACCUGAAAGCUCUGGCCGCGUACCGGGCCAGCCUCGUCUCCAAGAGCUCUGCCGACCAGGGGGAGACGAAAAGCGCCCAGAGCAACCCACCUUCCAAAAUGAUCCCCCCCAAGCAGCCCAUGUACCCGAUGCCUCCACAGGCUUCCUCGCCCUACCCCGGCCUGGGCUCCUUCCUGUCCCCGUCGGACCUGCAGAACUACCGCGGCCACCCCCACCCCGGGCUGUCCCGGACCCUCAGCUCCAAGCCCAUGCUGCCCAGCAUCAGUGCCUCCCCCCCGCCCUCCUUCCAGAUCAGCCCUCCGCUCCACCAGCAGCUGUCCUUGCACCACCCGCAGAGCUCCCUCCUCUCCCAGCCCCUCAGCAUGCAGCAGGUCCCGCAGCAGCCCCUCCUGUCCCCCCCCAUGGCACUACAGGUACAGCCCCCCAUGAACGCCUCGCCUCCCGGGCAGCAGGACUUCUCCCAUAUUUCGUCUGAGUUUCAGAACAGUGUUGGACCCCGUUCGCCUGGUGCAUCAAACCCUCCAGGAAGCACUGAGUGGGACAACGACUACCCCAGCAGAGAGUGUGGGGUCAACCACUGCAGCAUGCUGCCAAGGGACAAGGCACUCUACCUCACCUAAGGCUCACCACCCCUUUUGGAGGAGGCUCAGAGGAAGGACACUUGAGAGGGUCUAUCCCACAGACCACCCCGGGGGAGGCACGAGCAAGUCGUACGGGCGGGAGAGCUGCCACUUGCACCUCGUCGCUGGCUUCGUUCCCAGGCUCUGAGAGCAGUUUUGGUUUUGUUUUUUUUUUCUUUCCUU